UUCUUUAGGUACAUUGGCAACGUUGUGUAACAUGGCGGCGUUCAUAAAAAAGCUCGCUUUUUAAACUUCUCAAUGCUUUCGUCCUUGUUUGUCGUAUUUCAUUUGGGUCUGCUUUUGUAAAGGCAGGGCUUGUUUUAGUUCAUAGCUCGCUCGUCAGGACACUAUGGACGCGAAGAAAGAGCUAGAUGGGCUAACUUUUAAGGAGAUGAGAUUCAAGAUGUGCCGCUUCCUCGAAGAGCAAGGGAUCGUCAAUGACCUUCGUGCGCGACUGCGCUACAAAUUUGUGGAGGCGCUCAAGAUAACUACGCAAAGCGCCAAGUGUUCUUCGCAAACUCUUCUCCAUCAGGUGGUCCUGUGGCUGAUCCAGGACUACCUGUCCAGCCAGGGCUACGAGUACGCGCUGUGCACGCUCGCCUGCGAGUCUGGCGUCGGCCGGGAGCCCUUCUCGGCGCGCGACGUCGAGGAACUGCUGCGCGUGCCCCCCCGGCGUGACGGGCCGUGCCUGCUGCAGCGGAUCGUGUCGCGCAUGAUGAGCCACCGGCCGGAGACCGCCUCGGCACAGACGUCGGUCACACAGGUGCCCGAGGCAAGCCAGGUGCAGGCCGAGCUGGAGAGGCUCAAGUGCUCCAUGGCCGAAGCGGAGCAAAGGCUGCUUGCUGUCCAGCGGCAGCUGCAAGGUGCACAGCCUCCGAGCAAGGAUGCUGUGUCACUGCUGAGUCAACAACCUUGUCACCGGCAGGCCAUGCGUCACAUGUCAGUACUGACUGAGUUGAGCAGCGUCGGCAGCGACACCAUUCCUGAAAGCAGCACUCUGUCUACCUCAGGCACUUCGAGGCAGGUACAGAGCCGCAGGGUCAACAAUUCUAGCGGGAGCAGCCUGUCCAGCCUUCCCCUGGAUCGCGCAAGGCGUCGUCUGCAGCGGCUGGCACUGCAGACGGACUACCUGGAUGACAGACUCCGUGCCAUGGGCUCCACUGGAGACAGUGCAUCUACGCUCUUGCGGAGUGUGUCCGGCGACGUGAGCAUGGCAUCGUGCGAGAAGAGCUCAGCGGCACAUUCUUUCGAUGCAGGCUGAGGGAUCCAUCUCAUCUAACCAGGGAAGCCGAUACGAACAGUCAGUGCCUCGAGUUACUCCGAGGGCGAGGUCUGUCGUACUGCUUCGUACACAGUUCAGGCGUAACAUGAUGUUUUCAGAAGAAUGAACGCUCUCCUCUUCAUUUGAAUUUCAAGCGUGGCUGGUAUCGAACAUCAGCCAGAGAAUGUCCACCAACGGAGCCUCCGUCGUAGUAGCUGCUGUGUGACCAGGCCACUGGAAUGUGCAGCCAGAUGCCAGCAUUGGUAAAGCUCUGGCACAGCAUACAGGAACAUGCGUCAGAGAGCAGAGGGUAUGAAAGAGAAGCACUCAGCGGGUGUAUGGUGAGGUAUUUCGAAAGAUUCCAGCUUAUUGCAGUAAUUACACUGGAUAUAUAUGGUUAGGCGCUUGCAAAGUGUUUGGUAGAUCUUGGGCAAUGGCAAACCAGGCCCGCAGGACUUUCAAAGGGUGUUGAAACCCCUUACACAGCAUUGCUGUCUUUGAUGCAUGAGUUCCUCAAAUUUUCAUACAUCUGCAGUGUAUUUUCUUUUUUUUUGCCAUUCUUGCAAGUGACAAACCUGCUUAGCACUGUCUCUGUGCUUAUGCAGCCUGUAUAGUGCAUGGCUGAGCACCCCAAAUUGUUGAGUCCAGCACCUAUUCUGGCUGUCAUGCUCAUUAGUAUGUUUCCCUCACAUGGUUCUUGGAUCAUCAUUUACAUUAAGCUUGUCCAUCACUUGUCAUAAGGAUCUGUGAGUACCCGUAAAGGAAAUUUUGCAGAAUCAUACCCUUAAGUAGGGCUGCGUGUCGGUUUCCAUUCUCUUGUACAGUAAUUUUCCCAGAAUGCCUGUCUUGGUAAUGCUGUCAUCAUGUUUGCCACCUUGCUAGCAUCAUUAUCACCAUACUUAAAAAGGUAUAUGUACUAGCUAGCUGGGGGGUAAUUCAAUGUCCUACAAAAAAAAAAAAAAAAGAAAUCUGUGUGAAGUACUGCAGUCACUGACUGAUUUAUCAGACGCAAAAAUGCCCCAGUAAGCAGGCAGUCUGCAAAAACAAAUUUCAGGAAAUUUUGUUCUUUUGUACAAUGCUAGCAGUACAGAAAACUCAUUUAGACUUUUUCACAGCACCGUACUUCAGUGAAACAAUCUCUGAAAUUUCAUGAUGGUCAAAGUCAUAGGCGCGCUUUGCAUUGAUUCAUCACAAAGCUUGAUGUGCAUCAUAUGUCAUUGUGAAGUGCAGAUGUCGCAUGCAACUUUGACUGUGUGACAUCUACGUUUUAAGCCGUAUGGUGUAAAUUUGGUUUGGAAUGCAUUGCUUAUGUGCAAAAUCAGCCUAUUCCCUUUAUGGAGUAAGUACACAGAUAAACUUUGCAGGCGAUCUCAUGGUAGCUGCUGGCUGGUUGCCUAGAGACCCAAACGUGGCUUCGCAUGACCAAUAGGCCACUCAUACAAACAUAUCAGUGUCAAGCUUUUCAUGACUGCUUGCUAUCAACCACCAUGCAGGCCUGUGUGAAUUUUCAUCAUGGCCACACUGCCUAAUCACUUUGGCCUAGCGAAGCCUACUUCAUUUGUUUUCACAGUGUACGUGAUCGUGAGGAUGAAUUGUAAAAACAUUAAUGAUUUGCAAAUAAAAACAGACAGCUUUAUAGCGCUCCUCAGUGUUUCAGGAUUGGUGUGCAAAAGAAAACAGUGAUUUUGCAUUCAUUUGUUGUGAAAUGACACUGGGAUGUAAGACAGCAACUGCACAAAAAUAAAAAAAAAAUGAGAGCUGAAAAAA